UCUCAUACACUUUGCUAGAAAUUUUCAAUUUUUGUAAUUAGUGCCACGUAUUUUUUGUAUUCUCUUAAUAAAUAAUUGUAUAAAAACUUUAAAAUAUAAACAAAUAAUGGGUGCCGGACAUAGUGUAGAAGUUCCCGGAGGUGGUACCGAAGGCUAUCAUGUUCUAAGGGUUCAAGACAACUCACCGGGACAAAAAGCUGGUCUGGAAGCUUUUUUUGAUUUUAUAGUAGCAAUCGGAAACACUCGUUUAGAUCAGGAUAAUGACACCCUAAAGGAACUUCUCAAGCAAAACCUUGACAAAGUAACGAAAAUGACAGUUUACAGCAGCAAAACCCAAACCGUACGCGAUAUUUCCAUUACCCCCAGUACUUCGUGGGGUGGACAAGGUCUUUUGGGUGUGAGUAUUCGAUUUUGUUCUUUCGAAGGUGCAAACGAAAAUGUUUGGCACGUCCUCGAAGUGCAUCCAUCGUCACCAGCCGAAGCUGCUGGUUUGAGAGCCUUCACAGACUACAUCAUAGGAGCUGAUGCAAUUCGUCAUGAGACCGACGACCUCUUUACCAUGAUCGAGACACACGAAAAUCAAAUUCUGAAAAUCUAUGUGUACAACGUCGAAGACGACGCUUGUCGUGAGGUAUCUUUGAAACCGAACUCCAAAUGGGGAGGCGAUGGCAGUUUGGGUUGUGGCAUCGGCUUUGGCUACCUCCAUCGUAUUCCUAUUCAAGCUGUAUCGAAUGAAACCAAAUCAGCAUUAAAAUUACCAACUCCCGACGCUAAUGUCAACACUAAUGUGGCCUUGCAGGCUGCUAGGCCCACAGAACCGAUGCCGGCAGUGUCUCAGGCGACUUCGGUUAAUCCCAGUUUCCCCUACAUACCGCCUCUAACAAAUGCAUUUACCUUGCCGCCGACUAAUGCCAAUGCACAAACGUCAGCAGCGGUGGCAACAACAGCUCCAAGCGAUAUUAGCAAUUUGGCGAAUCUUCAUAUAACACCAACGUCGUCGACCUCGACCACUACAGUACCUAAUGCGGAGCAACCAAAGGCAAGCGAAGAAACUGGUGCAGUUCCCGAAAAUGCUUUGCAACCACCACCACCACCAUCGUCAAGUGUGAGUGCAGUUAUGCCCGAAGUUGCCGGCGGUGCAAGCACAUUCUUUCAGCAGCCGAGCGAUGUGAAUGCAGCACAAUUUCCACCACAAAUGCAACCCCAACAAGUUCUACAAAAAUCUCCAGAUCAGUAUCCCAUUGGUGCUCCAUCAUCAGUUCCACCACCAAGUCAAAUUCCGAUGUUCGCCCAGCAGUCACCUUUUUCAAAUGUACCUCCACCAGCAUCGAUUGGAAAUAUGACCGGACAAUAUAACGAACCAACUGCACCCUCGGCUUCAAACUCAUUCAUUGCAUCUCAACAACAACCGCAGUUCUAUAAUCCGAACAACUACCCUGUCCCAAGUCAACCACCAACUAGCUAUCAAACUAAUUCUUCGAACGUUAGCUUACCCUAUAUGCAGACAUUCGCAUCCUACCCUCAGGUACAGCAAACAUCUGUGGUCACCCCGAUUUCAUUACCAGGUAUGCCACCACUUACCGUUAACACAACCAUACCCACACAGGCGCUCGAGGGCUUGAACGUGCAACCAACUUCAGGAUAUCCACCCGUUUCCAAUUGAGUUUUAUAAUCUUAAUUCUAUAUCGACCCGGUUGUAGGUAGAUUGUAUUUUGUUUUUGUUUUUCUUUUUUAUUUUGUUGAACGUGGUUCAAUGUAUUUUAAAAUAACGGCAACAUCCAAAAACAAAUCUAAAUAAAAAUUAAUUAUAGAAUGAUUUUUAUUGGAGACAUGGAUCGAGACAAGGGACCGAAUAGAAAACAAGAAUACAUCGUUUAAGUCCCAUAUCCCAGCUUAAGCUUGGUAAAUUAAUAUCCAAUUUAUUUUCCUUCAUUACAAAGUAUAAUAAAUUUUAAAUCAUUCGAAAAUAAACAAACAAAAACAAAUGUUAUAAUGUAUAAUAUAAUAUAAUAUGUAUAAACUAAACUAAAGACUAUAUUACUUAAAUAAUAAAACAAGCGAAUAACAAACAAACAAAAGGAAAGAAUCAAAACAAACAUUAUAUAGAUGCAAUAUUAAUAAAUUUGUUAUGCUAGAGGAAAAUUUCUUUUUAUGUUUUUUCUUCAUGUUUUGCUUUAAAA